UGUGGUACAAAAUGGUUGGUGUCAAAGCCUAAUGAAUUCCUAUAUCAUCUUUGUUUCAGUCAAAGCCUAUCUUCCAUUGAAGUGAAGUACAAGUAGACCAAAGGUAGUCCAGUCCAGGCUCUUCUAGUCUUCUUAUUCAGUGUCUUUACAAGUUUACCCCCCAUGUUGGCAAGAUCAGUUUCCAUGUGCUCUUGAUUAGUUUAUUGGAUGGCUCCCACAGACUUAAACUACAAUAUUCAUUACUCUCUCCCUCUCUCCCUCUCUCUCUUUCUCUCUCUCUCCAAAUUCUUAAAAGUUGAAACAUAGACUCAAUCCCCUUCCAUGAUUCCGUCUGCAGAUCAAGCCUGAAGUUCUGUGCCCUCGGAGAUUAAUUAAACUUAUAAACCCAUCAAACCCAUUUAAUUAAUCUCAAUGAUGGCCAUGGAAUUUUAAUGAAACUACUCUAGUUCUUCUCACUGGGAAGAGCUUGCUUAUUGGUUCCCUUUCCUGGUUUGCCUUUCUGAGGGAUCUUUCUCUUUUCCCCAUAAAAGUUUUCAAGAAAAAUCUCUUUGGGCAUUGAGCUUUUGUUCUGGGGUCUGCUGUCACAAUCUCUCUCUGGUAGAACAUGUGGGGUUCCAUGCUUUUGCCUCCUCUAAGGACAUAAAGAUGGAAUCUGGGAGUAGGUUUUACUCAGCUGAUGCUGAUGAGUUCAGAUUGGAUGCAAAAUGGCUGAUUGAUCCUAAGCAUCUGUUCGUUGGGCCAAGAAUUGGAGAGGGAGCUCAUGCCAAAGUGUAUGAGGGCAAAUACAAAAACCAGACUGUUGCAAUUAAAGUUGUUCAUAGAGGAGAAACUCCGGAGGAGAUCGCCAAGAGAGAAGGACGGUUUGCCAGAGAGGUUGCAAUGUUGUCUAGAGUUCAACAUAAAAAUUUAGUGAAGUUUAUUGGUGCCUGCAAGGAGCCAGUAAUGGUGAUCGUUACUGAGCUUUUACUGGGAGGUACAUUGCGUAAAUAUUGUCUGAACAUGCGGCCAAGGUGCUUGGACAUACGCGUUGCUGUUGGUUUUGCACUCGAUAUUGCUCGUGCAAUGGAGUGCUUGCACUCUCAUGGGAUCAUACACCGUGAUUUGAAGCCUGAGAACCUACUCUUGACGGCAGACCACAAAACAGUUAAAUUAGCAGAUUUUGGGUUAGCAAGAGAAGAGUCAUUAACAGAGAUGAUGACUGCAGAAACUGGGACAUACCGUUGGAUGGCUCCAGAGCUGUACAGUACUGUUACAUUAAGGCAGGGAGAGGGAAAGCAUUACAACCAUAAAGUGGAUGCCUAUAGCUUUGCAAUCGUUUUGUGGGAACUCUUACACAACAAGUUGCCUUUUGAAGGCAUGUCAAAUCUCCAGGCAGCAUAUGCAGCUGCAUUUAAAAAUGUGAGGCCUAGUGCUGAUGAGAACCUCCCGGAGGAAUUGAAUAUCAUCCUAACUUCCUGCUGGCAGGAGGACCCAAAUGCUCGACCUAAUUUCAGCCAAAUAAUUCAAAUGCUACUUGAUUAUCUUUACACCAUAUCUCCUCCUGAACCUGCAAUUCCAUCUCGAAUUUUCACUGAGAACACUGUCUUGCCACCGGAGUCUCCUGGCACAAGCUCCUUGAUGGCAGCACGCGAUGGCUCAGGGGAGACACCCAAAGGAGAAAUGGAAGACAAGCCAAAAGGAUUUUUCUUCUGCUUUAACCAGUGUUAUUGAGUGCUGAUUAGUUGAUGAGAAGAUCUAUAACCUCUGCCCUUCCUUCGGGUCAAUAAUGUUCGAAGGGCUCCUAAACAAUAGAAUCUAGUCCGAUUAAGUACAUUUUGUUAACAUGGUAAAUGUUUAAGCUGAUCAAAAUCAAUGUUCAUCAAGUUCAAUUGUCAGAUGAAUUCCCCACUUUGUAUCUAUUGAAUGUUCCACUGGAUCUAGUCAACAUGUAGGAUCUUACCUGCGAUUCGAUAUCUUUAACAUCUAGUAGCUAA